AUGGAUGAUACACCUUCCAUUGAAGAAGUAAAUCUGGCAUUAUGUAAACUGAGAUCAGAUAAAGCUCCUGGAUUGGAUAGUAUUCCAGUUCAAAUACUGAAAGUAGGUGAGGAUCGUAUUUCGUUUGAAAUUCAUAACCUGAUAACUCGAGUUUGGAAUGAAUCUUCUGUGCCACAAGAAUUGAUAAAUGGCAUUCUAAUCUCUGUACACAAGGGUAAGGGCCCGAAAGCAGUGUGUGAUAAUUCUAGAGGGAUAACUCUUCUGGCACAUACCGGGAAGAUACUUUCAAGGAUCAUGUCAGAUCGUCUUGUUGAGAAUGUGCGUCCACAUGGGAUUCCUGAAGAACAGUGUGGUUUCAGACCUGAGCGAAGAACAAUGGACAUGAUAUUUUCUGUGAAGCAGGUUCAAGAGAAAUGCUUAGAGGAAUAA